UUAUGAAUAUAUUUCAGGGAAAAAUGUGUGUGCUACCAAUUACAUCUGGAGAAGCAGAAAAACUCUGUUCACUGAUUCAGUUGUAUAAAGAUGAUUAUUAUAGAACUAAAAAUGCCAUCCAAAGCGGAAAAUACUUUACUGAUCUCAGCAAAGAGUCUGAUUGUCUUGAACACCAGCUUGCAGAGCCUACACAGGAGAAAAUUUGGAAGAAGAGUUGGGGUCCAUGUCCUGAUAAAUACUGGAUCAAGAUUACAGAACUGUCACCACUGCUUAAAAAAAGGUCACCAAAAGAUCACCUACAACAAAGUUUGAAUGAAAGUGCAUUGAGAAGGUGUGCUUCAGGCAAAGAUACAUGGCAGAAGGAAAACACCCCUUGUGAAAAUGGUGCUUUACAGGAGGUUUUUGAAACAGACACGGAAAUUAAUUCAGCAGAGGACUUUAUGCCAAUUUUAAAAGAUGUUAUUAGUAGAAUAGAAAAUGUUUGUAAACGUUCUGUAUCAGAGAUGACAAUUACUGGUACACAAGAGGAUUUCCUGGUAGAGGAAUUAGAAACACUCAAAACCACAAAAAGAUUGUUAUGGCUUUCAAUUCAAACAAGAGAACAUGACCAUUUAAGCAGCAAAAAUAUUGAUACUUUGAUACAGAAGUUAAGUGAAAAUGAAACCCAAAAUGCUAAUCUCAGGAGAAAAAUACUUGAAAGGGAGAAACAUGUCAAAGAACUUUCAUCAAUGCUUCAGUUUAAAAAAAUCAAUGUACUGAAAGAAGACCGCAUGUCAAGAUCAGCAAGCACGGUAGAAGCUCACCUGCAGUGUCAGAUUCAAAGAAAAGGUGUGGAAAAUGAGGAAUUAAAACUGAAAAUACAGACUCUAGAAAAGAAAAUAGCAGAGUACAAUCUUCAAGUUGGAGAAUACAAGCAUCAGAUAUUAGCCUUAAGGGAAACAAGUGAGCAAGAGAAGACUGGUCUGAGAAAAGCAAUCACAUCCCAGAAACGAAAAGCUGCACAUUUUGAAGAAACUGUGAAAAACUUAACCUCCAGAAUAAGAGAACAUGUGAGUGACUAUACUGAAGUCAAGUUGUCUGAAAUACUCUCAGCUUCUGAUGUCUGGAAAAAUCAGCAUGAUAGAAUAGUAGAAGAAAAGACAAUGUUAGAAAUUCAAACAGAAGACCUUAAGAAGCAGGUCACAAGCCUUUUGGAAGACCUGAAAAGAAAAGAGGAAUACAGAAGAAACUCUAAUGAGGAAAUUCUUGGAAAGCUAAAUUCUGUUAACUCUGAAAAUGAAAAGAUUUAUCUUGAAAAUGAAAAAUUAAAGGUUUCCCUUGCUACAUUGGAAAACAGUACCAGUUCCUUUGAAAAUGAGGUGUUAGAUCUGCAAGAAAAGGCAAAGUUACAGGAAAACCUUGCUGAACAGUGUAAAACUCAGGUGAAGGACAAAACAGAGGCUGAGUUAAAGGAUUUAGGACAUAUUUGUGACAUACUGAAUACAGCUGAAGAAAAGCUGCAAGGAUUUCAAGAAAAGCUUAUGUACUGGGAAAGGAUCAGUGCACAGAAAGGCAAAAAUCCUAGGGAGCUACAGGUUCAGGAGGAAGACAACAUAAAUUCCAUAGACAGUCAUUCCUUGGAAGUAGAAAACUUUAAUAUUCAGAAGAAAUAUGAAGAUCUUAAGAGGAAAUUAGAAAAGAUAGAAUUUCAAAAUGAAGAACUUGCUUAUCAGCUCAAAAAAGAAGAUGAGAGUCUUCAGUGCGGUAAAUUGCAGCUUGAAGAGAAAACCGCAGAGUAUAAUGAUUUAACAAGACAACUGGAAUCUGCUUUGGAGGAAGGGAGAAAAAUGGUAGCUGAAGAAUUUGAAAAACUGUCAUACACAGAACAAGCCCUUCAGACAAAAAUACUACUCCUUGAAUCUGAACUGAGAGAGUGGCAAGAAGAGAAAAAACAACUUCUCUGCAGAUUUCACCAUAAUGAAAAGCGCCAUGAGAUCAUCUUGAAAGAGCUGGAGAACAGCCUACAGAGGUCAGAAAACAAGAACCAGAGCAUCCUGAAUUAUGUGCAGUUUUUGAAAACAUCAUACAUAACAAUGUUUGGCUGAAUCCUCUAACUUCAUUAAUUUUAAUAAUAAAGAAACUUUACAAGAUUUGGCUUUAACUCUUGUUAGAGGCAAUGCUAUUGAGGCCUCAGAAUUUUGCUGGAUUGAACUAUAUUAGUUUAGUUUGUUCUAGGAAAACUUCUGCUAUGGAUCUGGAAACGUGGGUCAAUAAUUGUAUAUCCUGUUGGUUGAUUACAUUCAGAUGAUUUAGUUGGUAUUACUUAUAUAAAUAAUUGUAUUAUUCAUGGAAAAGAAAAGAAAAAGCAGUCCGUGAUAGUAGUGAAAUGUGUGUAAGUGAAGGGUAUGUAGAGUUGUAAAUUGGUCUCUGAAUUUACCACGUGUUAGGUCUUGUGCUAUAAUUCCUUGUGUGUCCUUUUAGUCCAAGGUAAAUGCCAGCUUAUCAAAAAAUACUUUGCAGUCUCAAUGGGGGAAGAGAAACACCCAUGGACUGGCUGUAUAAUAAUUUGCUUAUCUUUGUUAUUAAUUAUUAUAUAUUAUUUAUCAGUCAUUAUUCAUCUGUUACUGUAGAGAUCUGGCUGCCCAAGGUGAUGACACGUUUUGUUAAGACAAGCAGGAAUUUAGAAAUAAUUAGGUUCUCUUCCUUUCUUUUUCCUGUAAUUUAGCACCAUGUGUAACGUGUAGUGUAUUACACAAUACUGAGCUGUGUGAAAUGCUUGCAGCCACCAGGCUGUUCCAUCCAGCCUUGUUCCCUACAUCCCACCAUCCCAUUAUGAAAAGGAGUACAUCUAUCUUUUACAAAUAUAAUUAGAAAAGUAUUUUAAAUACAAAUAUAGUUUAAGUUCUGAAUGUGUUGAAAUACUCUUUCAUGUUGACACAGCUUCAUUAAGACAUUUAAGUGUUUCUCUGUUUGAGUACAAAGCUACCAUUCCCUGAGGUAAGAUUUACUUAUGCCUCAGGUUUUAUGUGUAAAUAUUCAGUUGAUACAGGACUAAUACAGAAAAAAAAACAGCACACAAUUCUUAUUCAGAAAGUAGCUGUUCAUAGGCUUAUAGAACUGUUAUAUGCUUUUUUUUUCAGAAUAAUACAUUCAGAUAAGUUAAAUAUAUGUAAUUUAUAGUGCAUAUUUAAAUAAAAUUUUUGGACUGGAAA